AUGACUUUGCCAUCCAGAUCUUUGGGCCUGAUCGCCUGCGCCGCUGCCCUUUGCAACAGCGUCGGAUACAACUGCCACCCAACCUGCAUUCCCCCAAGCAUCCCGGCCAACGAGUCAUCCAAGCUGAGCUUCGGCAAAUACUACGUCGUCCUCAACCUCGACGUCGAGAACGGCGCCGUCAUCCCCUACGAGAACAACACCGCAGGCAAAGCCUGGAUCUCCAACCUCGCCUGCUGGAUCCAUGCCGUGCACCGACAAAGCCCUCCUCCCCUCUCCAUCUACACCGCCGUCGCGUACGUCAACUCGCACAAGCUGGAGCUCGGAGUCCAGAGCGGCGAGGCGGUGCCGUUUGUGAGGAACGGAGCCCCUGAGCUAUUUGGCGCGGCCGAUACGAAGACAACGAAGAUCUACGAGAGGUUCUAUGUCAAUGAGACGGCGGGGGAUGUGGUGUUGCCGAAGGCGAGGUUCUACGCUGGGGCGGGUAAUCAGCUGGAAGAGAUUUUGAGGGCGCAGAAGAUCGAUACGGUCGUUUUGAGUGGGAUUGCGACGAGUGGGGUGGUGCUGGCGACGGCUUUGAGGUUGUUUGAUUUGGAUUAUAAUGUGUAUGUCGUCCUCAAUAAUACUUUUCAGGCGGGUGCCAAGACGAGCAAUCAGGAGGUCAACGAAGUUAUCUUGACGGGGAUUUUGCCGCUGUUGCCGGUCAAGGUGAUUACGUUGGAGCAGGCUGUGGAUGCACUUGGACGGAGCGGCCCGGCGAAGUACUGA